AUGGAAGCCUGGAAUUUCCACAAUAGUAGUUACGAUCACCAUCAGUUUCCACAAUCCGAGUUCGAGUACUAUUUCUCGCCGCCGCCGCCGGAAUCCACGUCAUCAUCAUUUGCCACUUCAGCAUCCUGUCUCGACUACUCUUUCACCAGCUCCAGCUGCUGCUGCUGGGGUGACGACUUCCUCAAUAUGCCACCCCACGAAGAAAUCACGGCGGCCAAAGAGGAGGUGCCGGCGAUGAUCCCUACGGGCGGAGCCAGCGAACUGUUCCGCCACGGUUACUAUUCGUCCGAGUCCAGCGACAGCUCACCGGUGUCUGCAGAGUUGACAUCCGACGAGGCGACGCCGGCGUACAGAGGGGUGAGGAGGAGGCCGUGGGGGAAGUACGCGGCGGAGAUACGGGACUCGACGCGGAACGGGGUGAGGGUUUGGCUGGGGACGUUCGACAGCGCGGAGGCGGCGGCGCUGGCCUACGACCAAGCCGCAUUCGCCGUCCGGGGGUCCAUGGCGGUGCUCAACUUCCCCGUGGAGAGGGUGAGGGAGUCGCUGGAAGGGAUGGAAGAAGCAGCCGAAGAGUGCUCGCCGGUGCUGGCCAUGAAGCGCCGCCACUCCGUCCGAAGGAAGUCAACGUCCAAAAAGAGCAAGGAGCGGCGGGGGAAGCAGUUAGUGGAAGAAGGUUAUGCUGCUGCCAAUAAUUAUAGUAGUAGUAGUAAUAACGACGUCCAUUCCAAAAGUGUGACGAAAUCAGCGGCGGCGGAACAGAGCAAUGUGGUGGUGGUGCUGGAGGAUCUAGGAGCCGACUAUCUGGAGGAAUUGAUGGCGGCUUGCACCGACAGCCAUCGCUAA